AUGCUGUCGUUGAACGGGACCGUUCCUCUCUCGGUUGACUUCGAUCGCCCUGAAGACUACUUCAUUUUUCUCUUCCAUAUCAUUUUCGCUACGAGCGCGGUCCUCCUCGCGGGCUCAGUGGUCAUUGCAAUCUCGAGCACGAAGAGUCUUCGGCGUCAGAACAGAUUUAUUUUCAUGCUCAACACCAGCAUUUGCGACACUCUUACGGGGUUUUCCGUUUAUUAUAUUGGCUUGUUCGAUGUACGGGAUGGAUACCCGCCAAAGAACGGCACAUUUUACGUUCUCCGUUCACUUCUUGGAGUAAAUAUCCUUACUUUUCUGUUUGCACAGUUUGACCGCUAUUUCGCGAUCUGCCACCCUUUCUUCUACAGUCGAUACGCCACACGGCCGUGCGUCAUUGCAGUCUGCGCGUUUUCCUGGUUUGUCACAUAUCUCACAAACGCGCUGCAAAACACUGCCCCCAUUUCAAAAGUUGCUCUAAUAGGCGGAAUUUCCGUUUUAGCAUUACAGGUUGUAGUCAUCACUAAAAUCAUAAUGACUAUAAAGUUGUAUGUAAUUGCCAGACAUCAGCUUGCACGAGACCCACCAAGCGCCGAGAGGGAGAAUAAGAAGGAGUCGCUGAGAAUCGUAAUAUUCGUGGUCAUAUCUUUCUUAUUGCUGUGGAGUCCCUCGUUCGUCAAUAUUAUUUUGAGGCAACUGGCCUUUCAAGGCUUAAACUUCAGGAACGACGCCGUUAACCCCUUGGGUAUUAUGGCGCGGUUUAACGCGCUUAGCACGCCGGCCGUGUACGUCUGGGGAAGUCCCGCACUGCGGGCUGCUGUGAAGGACACUGUCUGGGGAAGAGGGUGCCCGAAGCGGAAAAGGAGGUAA